UGCCUGUUAGUGAUAAGCACGCCUGGCAACUCAUCAUUCCCUCCAACCCCUUCUCUCUCUCUCCUAGCUUUUUUUCUCUCUACCAUUUUCUUUCUUUCUCUCUCUAAAACUCCCAUUUUCCCUUGUUUCUUCUUCUUCUCCAGCCUCCACUUUACUCUGUUUCUGUUCAACUUUUUUCUUCUUCGCUUUUAUUUAUUUAUUUUCUUAGUUUUUCGAUAAAAAAGAAAAAAAAAAUUGGAUUGAUUUUUCUCUUGAAUAUUUCGAUUAGAUUGGAUCUGGGUUCUGGUUCAAUUUUGAUUUGGAAUCGGGUUUUUUUGCCUCAUCAGCUAAAGUUAUAUUGCUUUCAGGAUUACCUUUUGUGAACCCAAGUUUUGGAAUUUUAAAUAGAUAGCUACAGAACGACCACAUGGCAGUUUCCAUGAGAGAUUUAGAUUCAGCUUUCCAGGGAGCUGGUCAUAAGGCUGGACUUGAAAUAUGGCGUAUUGAAAAUUUUCGACCUGUUCCUAUCCCAAAGUCCUCCCAUGGAAAGUUUUUUACAGGGGACUCGUAUGUGAUCUUGAAAACAACAGCUUUAAAGAAUGGAGCCUUGCGCCAUGAUAUACAUUACUGGCUCGGUAAAGAUACCACUCAGGACGAAGCUGGUACUGCAGCCAUCAAGACAGUUGAACUGGAUGCAGCUCUCGGAGGACGUGCUGUUCAAUACCGUGAAGUACAGGGUUAUGAAACUGAAAAAUUCUUAUCAUAUUUUAAACCGUGUAUUAUACCUCAACAAGGUGGAAUUGCAUCUGGUUUCAAACAUGCUGAGGCUGAAGAACACAAUAUACGGUUGUUUGUCUGUAAAGGAAAACACGUAGUCCAUGUUAAAGAGGUUCCUUUCACCCGAUCUUCACUCAAUCAUGAUGACAUUUUUAUUCUUGAUACAAAGUCUAAAAUUUUUCAAUUUAAUGGUUGCAACUCAUCUAUUCAAGAGAGAGCAAAAGCAUUGGAAGUUGUUCAAUACAUUAAAGACACAUAUCAUGAUGGGAAAUGUGAAGUAGCUGCUGUCGAGGAUGGGAAAUUAAUGGCUGAUCCCGAGGCUGGAGAAUUUUGGGGUUUCUUUGGUGGCUUUGCUCCACUUCCAAAGAAAGUGGCCAGUGAUGAGGAUAAGACCUUUGCUUCUCAACCUACUAAGCUACUUUGCGUUGUGAAGGGAAAGACAGAACCUGUUGAAGCUGAUUCUUUGAGAAGGGAGUUACUUGACACGAAUAAAUGCUAUCUAUUAGAUUGUGGGAUAGAAGUGUUUGUUUGGAUGGGGAGAAAUACAUCCCUUGAUGAAAGAAAGGCUGCAAGUGGAGCUUCAGAGGAAUUAGUCAGUGGUGCUAAUCGAUCAAAAUCUCACAUAAUUCGUGUGAUUGAGGGCUUUGAGACAGUGAUGUUUAGAUCUAAAUUUGAUUCAUGGCCUCAGACAGCUGAAGUAACUGUCUCAGAGGAUGGUAGAGGCAAGGUAGCAGCACUUUUAAAGCGUCAAGGGGUCAAUGUGAAGGGCUUGUUGAAAGCGGAUCCUGUUAAAGAAGAACCUCAACCAUAUAUUGACUGCACAGGGAACUUACAGGUCUGGCGUGUUAAUGGCCAGGAAAAGAUUCUUCUUCCAGCUACCGAUCAGUCAAAGCUUUACAGUGGAGACUGUUGCAUCUUUCAGUAUUCUUAUCCUGGGGAUGACAAGGAGGAAUAUCUUAUAGGAACAUGGUUUGGGAAGCAGAGCGUUGAGGAUGACAGAGUUUCAGCUGUUUCUUUAGCAAGUAAGAUGGUUGAGUCACUGAAGUUUAUGGCUGCCCAGGCUCGCAUCUAUGAAGGAAAUGAACCAAUUCAGUUCUAUUUAAUCUUCCAAAGCAUUAUAGUUUAUAAGGGUGGUCUUAGUGAUGGCUAUAAGAAGUGCAUUGCAGAGAAUGAAGUUCCAGAUGAGACGUAUGCAGAAGAUGGUGUUGCAUUAUUUCGAGUACAGGGCUCUGGACCUGAUAAUAUGCAAGCAAUCCAAGUUGACACAGUUGCAUCAUCUUUGAAUUCCUCUUAUUGCUACAUCUUACAUAGCGGGUCAACUGUGUUUACAUGGACUGGAAGCCUGACAACCUCAGAUCACCAUGAGCUUGUUGAAAGGCAGCUUGAUUUGAUUAAGCCUAAUAUGCAGUCAAAACCACAAAAGGAAGGUACAGAAUCAGAACAGUUCUGGGAUUUGUUAGGCGGAAAGUCUGAAUAUUCUAGCCAAAAGAUUGUAAAGGAUGCUGAAACUGACCCUCACCUUUUUUCUUGCAAUUUUUCAAAUGAACUGUCAUUGUUGCAGGUGACAGAGAUAUACAACUUCACCCAGGAUGACUUAAUGACUGAAGAUAUAUUCAUCUUGGAUUGUCACUCCGAUAUCUUUGUUUGGGUUGGCCAACAGGUUGAUUCUAAGAAUAAACUGCAAGCUUUGACAAUUGGCGAGAAAUUUCUUGAGGGGGAUUUCCUUCUUGAAAAAUUGUCUCGUGAAGCCCCAAUUUACAUUGUCAUGGAAGGGAGUGAGCCACCUUUCUUCACUCGCUUCUUUACGUGGGACUCAUCAAAAUCUUCAAUGCACGGAAACUCGUUCCAGAGGAAACUUACUCUAGUGAAAAAUGGGGGACCUCCAAUCACAGAGAAACCAAAACGGAGAACUCCUGUUUCUUAUGGGGGAAGGUCCAGUGUCCCUGAUAAAUCUCAGCGUUCAAGAAGCAUGUCUUUCAGCCCUGACCGAGUUCGCGUGAGAGGCAGAUCUCCAGCUUUUAAUGCCCUGGCAGCUACUUUUGAGAAUCCAAGUGCCAGGAACCUUUCUACUCCACCUCCAAUGGCUAGAAAAAUAUAUCCAAAAUCUGUGACUACAGAUGCAGCAAAGCUGGCUUCAAAAUCUGAAGCUAUAGCAGCACUCACGGCUAGCUUUGAGAAAACAGCUCCUCCUAGAGAAACUAUGAUACCUCGAUCUGUUAAAUUGAGCCCAAAAGCGCCCGAACCAAAAGCAGAUACAAACAAUAAGGAGAACUCCAUGAGCAGCAGAAUAGAAUCUCUUACAAUACAAGAAGAUGUGAAAGAGGGUGAUGCAGAAGAUGAAGAAGGCCUCCCAAUACACCCAUACGAGCGCCUUAAAACAACAUCAACUGAUCCUGUUACAGAUAUUGAUGUGACUAAAAGAGAGACCUAUCUUUCAUCGGUGGAAUUCAAGGAGAAAUUUGGGAUGACAAAGGAAGCUUUCUAUAAGCUGCCCAAAUGGAAACAGAACAAGAAUAAAAUGGCUCUUCAACUUUUCUGAGUCUCCAUGUUAUCUCUGGCAUUUUCUUUGUCUUGCUACAGUUUAGGAUGCAGUGGGGCUACCGCAAUUCAAUUUCUCAGGAGUAAAAGGGACAGCAUCAGUGCAUUUUUAGCUGCUUCUGCUCCCAAGAAGUUUGUUUUCAAACUGAACAGAACCCAAAAACUCAUUUAAAAAAGAAAAAAUGUUUUCCAUUUUUCUUUUCUUCCUUUUUGGCCUUGCGAGUUUGUUUGAAUGUCUAGGUUUGGUUAUUUGUUGAGUUAUUAGCGGCUUGUUAUUUAUUCUUUAUGGUCACAGGUUUGUUGUGAGGUUGGUUGUUUUUUUUUUCUCAAUUCCUUUUUCCCCCAUUUAUUUAAUUGUAUUUUUUAUUCAAAAUUGAUUUUAUGUAGAUCAAUUAGGGGGACUUGCUAAUGCAGUCUACUUAGGUAUGUAUGGAUUACUGAGGAUGGAAGUGUGUACAGCAGAGUGUAAAAGCCAGGCUCACUCUUUAUUUUAUUUUCAACAAUAAAAAGAAUGUGUGAUUUUUGUC